UUUUAGCGAUGCCAUUUAUCCAGUGAUUUCUCAUUGAUCUAGUUGAUUGGAUGAUAUCAUAAGUUCAACAAUGAUUUCGGAAAAUUUCCUGUAACAUCUACUAUUGUAACACAAAGUUAUUUUUCAUAAUAUGAUGUGAAAUCCCUCAUCUUAUCCUCAAGAAAAUGAUAGUAUAAUGAUGGAAAUUCAAAAUAUUGUUCGAGCUUGGUUAGCAUUUACCGUAUUACAGCUUAUUGGUAAUCUUCGGCAAUGCAUACAACCGAAAAUUUUCCUAGAAGUCUUACUACGCCGUAAAACUACUACUGUAACAGACGUAGCAUCUAUCGCAGCAUCAUUUUUCGUUCAUUACUGGAUAAUACUACUUUUACGUCUCUUCGUCAUUUAUUAUUUCGAUUGUGUUCCACUUCAUAUAUUUCAUAUAAUCUGUUCGAUAACAUCAGCUGUUUUUCUUUGUUUCGAAAUUUUUAACACUGAAUUAUUGGAAAAAUCAAUUGCUCUAUAUAUACAAAUUGCUUUAUCUGGUUGCACGGUAUUAGUCAUCAUAUCUAGCUGGAAGUAUUUAUUCGCGAUUACCGGAAAGCAAGAAAAAAAACGAAAGAAAUUGACCGCUGUACAUAUGAUGGAGCAUAAUUACAUGGAUCUUAAAAAACAGAAAUAACCUAUGUAAUGCAGCUAUUAUUUAUGCAAGAAAGAGGGAGAGUGAACAUGAAAAAUAACACCUCUGAUUCUUCGGUUUUAUUGUAUUAGAUAUGAAAUUCAAAUACUGUGGUUUUCGUCGCUAUUCUGAGAUAUCUUUUGAUUCUACCGGACAAAC